CAGAAUGCACUGCACAUCAGUUGUUCUGGUGUGGUGGAGUUCUCCUCUCCCUGUAUGUCAAGGCAAGUGGAGUUUCUGUAUUACAGAGGAGAACCAGGCUGACUUCCCAGAAAUGGUGUGACCAGAUCACCCCACUGCUGAGAGGGUAUAAAUGUUAGGCAGGGUCUAAAGACUUAAACCUGCACAGCAGCCUCUGCCAAAGACACAAGCCUUCUCACUUUAUGACUGAACAAUGGACCCUGAAACCAGCAAGACAAUAACGGUUGCUGCAAUUGGACGGCCUUUUAGCCCCGGGAUGCUGUAUGAUUGCCGCCACGACUCACUCAUCCCUGAGACCUCAGAUGUUGUACCUGGAAUCUGCACAUUCUGGACUUCCUGAUGACCAGAAGUGGUCUGGGUGCAUGCUUGAAAGCAACACUUCCAAACCCCUCAUCUUCAACACAGUCAGCCCUCACAGCUGUGUACAUUAGUGAUGGGAAUUCUGGCUCUUUUUAGAGAACUGGCUCUUUUGGCUUGGCUCACUAAAAAGAGCCGGCUCUUUUGGCUCCCAAGCAGCUCUUCAGGCUUAUCACUGUGGGACCGUGAUCAUCUGUUGGCAAAUAUCAUAGAGAGACCACAGUACUACAGUGACUUUGAGAUAGUUGCAUCUGACUCAACUGAGGACAAAUUGUCUCUCCUAAAUGUUAACGCAUCUCUGACAGCAAGUUUCAUGAGUGGACUGAUGUCCAAAAACCAAGCCAGGGUAACACUGAAAUAUGAAGCUACCACAAAGUUCCAGGAGCUGUCGAUGAAUCAUCUAGCAGCAGACAAAAUGCAGCAUCCAGAUAUUUUUAAGAAAGGAGUAGCAACACAUGUAGUCACAGCUAUCCUUUAUGGAGCACAAGCCUUCUUUGUGUUUGACCGGGACGUGUCUAAAGAUGAGGAUCAUCAAGACAUUCAUGGAAAGUUGAAGAUGACAAUAAAGAAGAUUCCCAGUUUUUCGAUAGAGGGUGAGGGUUCCCUACACAUGGAAGAUAAGAACAUUACAAAUGAAGAGAAAUUUUCCUGCAAAUUCCAUGGAGACUUCUUCCUUGAGAAAAAUCCUGUGUCUUUCCAGGAUGCAGUACAAGUCUACCAAAGUCUCCCAAAACUGCUGGAAGCAAAUAGAGAAAACGUUGUGCCAUUGAAGGUUUGGCUUUUGCCGCUGACAUGCUUAAGUUCCUCUGCUACUACAUUACUGCACGAGAUAAGAACAGAAUUAGUACAUAAAGCACAGCGUGUCCUGGAAGACUUUAUUGAGCUGGAAAUGAGGUGUAAUGAUGCAAUGAAAACCACCAUUGCACAGCAGUUCCCAGAGAUUAAGAAAAACCGUAAAACAUUCAAAGAACUGUGCUUCGAUUUCAAGGUGGAAUUCCAACGAACCUUGGCAAAGAAACUUCCAUUAGUCCGGGGAGGAGAUGAAAAGGAGAGUGUGCUGGCUGAAAUCCUGGAACAACGACAUACCUCUUUUAACAACAUGAAUCUGAAUGAGUGGAUGGAUUGUAUAGAGGAAGAAAUCUAUACCUUAAUGUCUUUCACCAACAAGAUGAAAAACACCAAGAUCAUCCCAUCUCGAAAUGACCUGUACAAGGAAGUUCACAGAGCAAAACAUACUGUGUGUUUUGUGUUCACCUCAAAGAAAGGUGCUGAACCAUACCUGUCAGCUUUGACAAACUACUUGAAAGAACCAGCUGAACCAUAUCAUGUGGAGGAGGCUGCAGAGAAGCCACAGUGGUUCUCAACAAAAGAAGUAUUGGAGCAAAUGAGGCAUAAAGCAAAGCUCUUCAUUGAUUUUGCUGAAGCCAACAAGGAGAACAACAACAUUCAAUUCCUGACAACGAGUUUAGCAAAUGAGAAUACUGAAACUAAAGGUACAAGCAUCUACCAUUAUGAAGAUGGUAUUAUUGUCACUGAAGACUUUGAGCCACCCGCAGAGCCUGAAAUAGGACCUGUUACUCAUGAAAGUGUGACGGUGAAAACCACCUGCUACUCUGUUGAGUACUGUGUCAGUGGAGAAGAUGAAUGGAGACAAGAGACAGCGUCAGCUGAUGGAGACGUCACAGUGAGCGGUCUGACUCCUGACACAGAGUAUAUGUUCAGAUGCAGAGCAGAGUGCUCAGCAGGUGUUGCGCCAUCCAGAAAAGUCAGGACAACUGCUAUCUAAAAACCUCAUCCUUCCAGGUAAAGGCUUACGUAUAAACUAAAUGCUGACAACUGGACACAUGGACAAGGCAUCAUGGUAGUCAGCAAGAAUUCACUUUUGGUCAUCUGCACUGUAAGACGAAAGAAUGAAAGUCACGUGUGCACACAUGCGCUCCUAGCCCACUGUACUUGUUCUAUUCAGUAUAAAACAAAGUCAGACAGAAAUGAAGCAAAAUCUGUGACUAGUUCAGGCAAAUAAGUUCAGUACUAAACCAAUAGCAAUCUCAUUAUCUGAAAUACACUGAACUUCUCAAACAUGUCUGUUGUUAACCUUCCUGUAAUAAACUUCAUGAACCUGGA